AUGAAGAGGUUGUUGGUAUCACUCUUCUUUAUACAGUCAUUAUUGGCUGCAACACAAAAGAGUCCUCGACGAGAAUUCUAUACCCGGCGACCAAGAAGUGUGAAAUGUCAAAGCUCCCGUGGAUCUCCAGGUCAAGCGGGAACGCCCGGUAUUGCUGGUCCCGCUGGUUUACCAGGGAGUGUUGGCGCUCAUGGUCCUGCGGGUCCAACUGGACCUCCUGGUGAACGCGGUUUUCCUGGACCUAUGGGGCCAAAAGGUAAUGCUGGUCUUCCUGGUAGGCCUGGUUCUCCUGGUCCACCCGGUAUUCCAGGUUUGGAUGGACAACUUGGAUCGCCUGGUCUUCCUGGACGCCCUGGGUGUAACGGAACAAAAGGAGAUACUGGCCCUCCCGGACCUCAAGGUGUCCCUGGGUUAAGAGGAGCCACCGGCGCGCCUGGAAAUUUUGGAGCAAAGGGAGAGCCCGGAAGUGUAAAUGUUGACCUUUCAAAACUCACUGGUCCUCCUGGUCCCCCUGGAACGCCUGGAGCACCUGGCCCUCAAGGAUACACUGGAGAAUGCGGACCAUCUGGUGAGCCUGGUGAACCCGGAGAAAAAGGGAAAUCUGGUGAGCCUGGGUUACCUGGAGAGCGUGGUCGACCUGGGCUUAGCGUUAAGGGCCAAAAAGGUGAAAAAGGAAUGUCAGCACUUCCAGCGUGGCUAGGUCCAGAUCAAUUGCUGAUGAAAGGUAUGAAGGGUGAACCUGGUGAUCCUGGACAACCUGGUUUCACAGGAGAGCCUGGUCCCUGUGGACCCAAAGGAGAAAAAGGAGAGACUGGUAGACAGGGUCCUCCUGGAUCCAAAAUUGGUAAACCUGGCGAGCCAGGAAGAAUUGGACCUCCUGGCGAGACUGGUGAGCGCGGCCCACCAGGUGUACCAGGAGAAGAUGGAAGAACUGGAUCAAAGGGUGAGAAGGGCUCUCCUGGAGGUAUCGGAGCUCCCGGUAUGCCCGGCAGUCCCGGUUCUCCUGGUGUUUCGGGACGACCUGGCGCUGAUGGUCCAGCUGGUGAAAAGGGUACUGCUGGUAUGCCCGGACUUCCGGGCGAAGCGGGAAGAAAUGGAAAAGAUGGUCAGCCUGGUGUACCCGGUGAAGCUGGCCCUCAAGGUCCUUCCGGAGCGAGUAUUCCUGGUGCUCCUGGCGCAGCAGGACUACCAGGUCCCCGAGGAAGCCCUGGCCCAAGAGGUGUUGCUGGAGCUCCGGGUACUCCUGGAAAGAAUGGUCAGCGAGGAGAAACUAUCGUCGGACCAAAAGGAGAACCUGGUCUUCCUGGAGAGAAUGGACCUCCUGGAAUACCAGGAAACCCUGGAAAACCAGGUUUGGAUGGAGCUGAUGCGACAAUUGACGAAACUGAUGUUCGAUUCAAAACUGGUUUACCUGGUAAUCCUGGAGCUCCUGGCCCAGCUGGCGCUCCUGGUGCUAAAGGAAAUACUGGUUUGCCUGGAGUGCCCGGGCAAGAUGGAGAAUCUUGUGGAGUUUGCAAGCCAGGACCAAAAGGAACUAGUGGUCUCCCUGGUAGAGAUGGUCAAGAUGGUGAAGCUGGAAUGCCUGGACGAACAGGUCGAUCUGGUCCGAUCGGUAAGCCUGGUCCAGUAGGUCCUGAAGGUAAAGCUGGUACUCCUGGACAACAAGGUCCCCCUGGUGAACCUGGUGAGUGCGGUGAUAAAGGUCAACCUGGUGAAGCAAUCGUCACUACCAUUAAAGGCGCAAAGGGCGAGCCUGGCCUUGAUGGAGAGCCUGGUAUCCCUGGUGAGAAUGGACCAGCAGGUGAACCAGGAAGAAACGGUGAAAAUGGACAACCAGGACAAAUGGGAGAACCUGGAUCACCAGGACGAGAUGGUUCUGAUGGUCCACGAGGACCUCCCGGCGAGCGAGGAGAAAUUGGUCCGCCCGGCGUUCCUGGAGAAUCAAUCCCUGGACCAGCUGGUCAGAAGGGAGAAAAAGGAUCAACUGGUCUUCCUGGUGAACAAGGUCGACGUGGACAGAAAGGAGAAUCGGUUGUCGUUGACAUGAAGAGCAUCAUCGGUGCUCCUGGACAACGAGGACCCUCUGGUCCACCAGGUCUUCGUGGCGAAAAUGGAAAGCCUGGAGCUGAUGGUCUUAAUGGUCAAGACGGUCUUCCCGGAGAAACUGGACCCCGAGGUUUACACGGUCCAACCGGACCACCAGGUGACUCAGUUCCUGGACCUCAAGGUCCACAGGGAGAACGUGGUCCUCCUGGGCAAGAAGGUCCUCAAGGUGUCCCUGGAAGGAAUGGCGAACAAGGUCCUAAAGGAAAUACUGGUCCUCAAGGUCCCAAAGGUGAAGCUGGUAAGUCCACAAGGGGAUUACCAGGUGUCCCUGGUAAACCGGGCACUCCUGGAGUACCGGGAGAAUCUGGCAAGCCUGGCAUGUCUGGACCACCUGGUGAAAUGGGUCCUCGCGGUGCUACAGGAAAGCCGGGUGACAUCGGGCCUUCUGGUGAACCAGGACAAAAAGGAGCGCCCGGGCAGCCUGGCCAAGCAAAAAUUGGAUAUCCAGGUGCUAAAGGAAACAAAGGUGUUGAUGGCAUUCCUGGUGAACAAGGGCCGCAAGGUCCUCAAGGUGAGCCUGGCAUCAAAGGUGAAACUGUUGUUGGGCCACGUGGUUUGCCAGGAGCUGAUGGUCUACCUGGAGAAAACGGUAAACAAGGACCACGAGGUCAGCCUGGACCAAUGGGUCCUAGAGGUGCGGCAGGCAAAGAUGGGCGAGAUGGCGAAACCGGUCCUAAAGGUGAAAGAGGUCAUCAGGGUAAAACUGGAAAACCUGGUGCUCCUGGAACUCCCGGGCGCCCUGGCAAAGAUGGUAUUCCUGGUGAAGAUGGUCCCGCUGGUACCAAAGGAGAAGUGGGUCCUCAAGGUGAACAAGGCCAAAAGGGAGAGUGUGGAGAAAAGGGUGCAUCUUGGAGAAUGGGCGAAUCUGAUCGUGAAAGAAUGCGUGAAAUGCUUGGUGCUAUUUCCGGACCAAAGGGUGCGAAAGGUGUCCCUGGUGAAGUUGGUCCAAGAGGCGAACCCGGACUUGAUGGUGAUCAAGGACCUCAAGGCCCUCCUGGCCCAAUGGGUCUUCCUGGCUCUCCUGGCCCGCGUGGUGAAGUCGGCAGACCCGGGCCUCAAGGUGAGCAAGGCCCUCAAGGUCCACAAGGAAUUCCUGGUGAAGAUGGUCCAAAAGGAAACGAAGGCAAGCGAGGAGAUAUCGGCGAGCCUGGCAGCCCUGGACCAGAAGGACCAAUUGGUGUUCCUGGACCGAUGGGUCCUCAAGGAAAAACAAGUACUGUGGCGGGACCUAAAGGAAAUUCUGGUCUUCCCGGAGAAGAUGGAAAGCCUGGUGAGCCCGGCAAGGAUGGCAAAGAUGGUUAUCCAGGUGUUCCUGGUCGAACAGGAGAGCCCGGAAAAGCUGGUAAUCCAGGUGACGCUGGUCAACCUGGUGAAUCUGGAGCAAAGGGAGAACAGGGUGCUCCAGGACCCCGUGGUCUUGAUGGUGAAGUUGGAAUUCCUGGUGCAAAAGGAGAGCGUGGUAUCGCUGGACCACCCGGAAAAGAAGGUAUCAAAGGUCCACAAGGAAGCCCAGGCGAGCAAGGUAGACCGGGAAUUCCUGGACCACAAGGUGAAGCUGGAAAACCUGGCGUCGGUAUUCCUGGCGAGCAUGGAGCAAAAGGAGAAAAGGGUGAACCUGGAUUCCCUGGCAAAGAUGGAAAGCCUGGUGUUACUCUCAACAAAGGAUCUCGAGGUCCACAAGGUCCAAAAGGUGAACCUGGUAUGUCGGGACCCCCAGGACCCCAAGGUCUACCUGGAGAGCAACUGAAAGGAGAUCAAGGUCCUCCCGGUCGACCUGGUAAGCCAGGUCCUGCGGGACCUGCUGGUCCGUGUGGUGAUGCUGGAGAAGCUGGUAAUCCUGGUGUUCCUGGCAGAUCCGGCGAAAACGGAGCCCCCGGAACUCCCGGCGAGCCUGGUGAACCUGGCAAAAAUGGCCCUCCUGGUCCGAUGGGACCCGCUGGUCCUGCUGGUGCUGAUGGUCUUCCUGGCGCGCCUGGUGCUAAUGGACUCCCCGGUGAAACUGGUAAGCCCGGGCAGCCUGGGCAAAAGGGCUCUACUGGACCGAGAGGUUAUGAUGGACAAGAUGGUCUUCCUGGACCUCCUGGGCCUCCUGGCCGAGUUCUGUCAUCAUCUGGGGAUAAAUCAACAGGUACCCCUGGCGAAAAAGGAGAGCGCGGUCCUCCCGGACCGAUCGGACACCCCGGCGAACCAGGCGAGCCUGGAGAAGAUGGAACUGAUGGACCUCCCGGUCGAGCUGGUGAGCCUGGAAAACCUGGAAUCGACGGGCCUCGUGGUCAUGCGGGAAACGUCGCUGGUUUCGUUGUUACUCGUCAUAGCCAGAGCACAUUUGUUCCAAAAUGUCCAGCUGGUUCUAUGAAACUCUGGGAUGGAUACUCUCUUGCGGGAAUUCGAACACCAGCUGGCGAUGUUGCUCAAGAUAUGGGAGGAAGUGGUUCUUGUCUUCCAAAUGUUUCCUUGGAACCAGCGAAAUCUUGCCGAAAGGGUUCUUGCAAGUCAAUGACCAAAUUCACCUCUUGGCUUGGCAUUGGGGAUGCUCCACCAAAAGGAUCGAAUCCAGUUUGUGAUGUAAAAGCGUUCAUCAGUAGAUGCUCUGUUUGCGAAGUCCAGGCUGCUGUCAUUACUCUCCAUUCUCAAACCGAUCAGCUCCCUCGAUGUCCAAAUGGCUGGAACGAAGCAUGGAUCGGAUAUAGUUUUGCAUCGAAUGGCAUCCUUAACUCUGAGUCGACUGGUUCAUGCAUUGAAGACUUCCGACCAAGUCCGUUGUUGACCUGUGCGACUGAUGGUGAUUGCUUUGAAGAUUCUGCAGACUCUGUUUGGCUAGCCAAUGUUUUUUCCGACGACUUCCGUGGGCCUCGGCCUGAGGAAUUUGAAAGCGGGCAACUUCGGGAGAAAGUGUCUAGAUGUGCAGUUUGCGAGCGCUCUGUCGGCACGCCUCUUAUUGACUCUUCCGGUACUUCUAGCGACCCGUUUACAAUGGACAGCUACAGUAGCUCAGCAAGUAGCGAAAAUGGCUCCUACUCUAAUACAGGAAGCACGGGAUACAGAUCCGAUAAUGGUGGAUUUUUCUUUUCGGAUAGUGGAAGCCAAAGCUGA